UUCAUAAAAAUAUUUAAGUUUUACACUUAAAAGUCUACUUAAGUACUAAGUGAGUACUUAGUUAAGUAAAACUACUUAAGUAUAAUUUAUAAACAUACUAAGUGCUAUACUUAACUAAGUAAGACACGCGACACUUAAAUAUAUCUUAAGUGCUGAAAGGGGGGGAAACCGUGUUUAAAAAUAGAUUUCGGUACAGACGAUAGAAGCAAAAUGGCGGAUCAAAUAACAGACGAAAAGAGAGGAAAGAAGAGAAAGGCAAACUGGACGCAGGACGAAUGUCUGAUGCUGGUGACUAUGGUAAAUGAGAAGAAGAACAUCCUGAGGUCAAAGUUAGGUCCCAGCUUAACUUCAAGAAUGAAGAAGGAAGCUUGGGAAGAGUUGUCAGAGCGACUGAAUGCCUCCGCCGUUAAUACACAGAGGACAGUGGAGGAAGUGGAAAAGAAGUGGCAUAAUCUUUUGUCCACCUCCAAAGCAGAGAUUUCCAGCUAUAGGAAAACAACAAAUGGAACAGGCGGAGGACCUCCACCCAAACCCCUGAGUGCCAUAGCCGAGACAGUGCAGAUGGUGAUUGGGGAAGAAAAUGCCAUCAUUGAUGGAGUACAGGGAGGGAUUGACUCUUCCUUGCUUCAAUUGCUGACCAAUGAUGGGAACAUUUGUAAUGUUCAGAUUAUUCAGAGUGAACCUGAGUUCAGCAUGACAUUGCCUCCUAUCAUACCCCUCUCACCAAGAUUGCCAUUGCCAGCUCCUCUACAUGUUCCUUCAGCCUCUUCCUCUGUGCCAGCAGGAAAUACAUGUACAAGAUGCGCCAAAGCCCAGACAGACAACCGCAACAGACAAAGUGAAAUAGAGGAAAUGACAAUUCGGAAACUUCAUCUCGAAAUUGAAUAUUAUGAGAUGAAAUUGAAAAAAUUGAAGGAGGAAUAGGUGAUGAAGAUCUGUAUUAAAUUUUCGAUUAAUGAUAAAUAACAAAUAGGUAUUUCUUGUGACAAUAACUGUUCACUUGUACAAAAGAUUUGAUCUUCUGACAUUGACAUUGGAGUUUGACCUACUUUUUAAUGACAAACAUCCAAAAGCGGUGGAUCACAAUUCUUGAUUUUUACUUGUUUAUCUUUAAUUCAAUCUUGUCUGAAUAUGAAUUACACAUGAAAUACAUAAAUCUCAUUAUAUGCAUUAAAUGCAUAAUAUGUAUAUAAUUCACAUAAUUGCAGAUCUUGUUUAAAACUGCAUUUGAUAUUUUUGUUCAUAUUUUUGUUUCAAAGUUUGGGACUCUGCCAAUAGGCAAAUGUCCUAUAGUAAUGACUGUUUGCCUGUGAAUCCUGGUGACUUUGAAAUAUUCUGUAAAUAUUCACUGUUUUUUAUACUGUAUUUUAGUACAUGUUCAAAUUAAGAAGUUGUUUUUGGUUUUAAGAAAAAAAGUACUUAAACUCAAA